GUUUUCAUCACACCCACCGUGUUUUUAAUUGGUUGGGUCUUCCCGGCGACAACCGUGACACAAACCCUAAAAAAAAUUGGAUAGUGAAAUUGAAUUUGGGAUUGUGGAUUUUGGAAUUUUCUACGCACUAACUCUUUCUCUCUCUACACGCACAGUGCUUUCUGUCGCCUUCAAUCGCGACUUUUUUUUUGGCUUAUAAAGAUUAGGGUUUUAUUGCUCUCUCGCUCGACAUGAAUCAGCCCCAAGUUUCUCUGGGUAACAGCACUGGAGGCGACGCCAAGGAAGAAGAAGAAGAAGAAGAAGAAGUGAAUCAACAUCAGCUAGAAGAGGAGGAGGAGGAGGCUGAAUCUAGGGAUCAAAUCGUCGUCGAGGAGAAAUCAGACGAUCAGAUGGAGGUUGAUCCCGUGAGUCCCGCAACUGUCUUCUGCGUUACGCUUAAACAGCCCAACUCCAAUCUGCUCCAUAAGAUGAGCGUCCCUGAACUCUGCCGUAACUUCAGUGCCGUCGCCUGGUGUGGCAAGUUGAAUGCUAUUGCUUGCGCUUCUGAGACCUGCGCCAGGAUUCCAAGCUCCAAGGCAAUUCCACCCUUUUGGAUCCCAAUUCACAUCUUAAUUCCCGAGCGACCUACUGAGUGUGCCGUGUUCAAUGUUGUUGCAGACUCUCCUCGUGAUUCUGUCCAAUUUAUUGAAUGGUCUCCCACUUCUUGUCCUCGUGCCUUACUCAUUGCUAACUUUCAUGGACGGAUUACUAUCUGGACCCAGCCUACUCAGGGUGCGGCUAAUCUAGUGCACGAUGCUACCUCUUGGCAGUGUGAGCAUGAAUGGCGUCAGGACAUUGCUGUUGUUACAAAGUGGUUGACGGGGGCUUCUCCUUAUAAGUGGUUAUCCUCCAACUCCAAGACAAGUUCUGGAACAAAUGCAAAGUCAACUUUCGAGGAGAAAUUUCUCUCACAGAGCUCCGAAAGCUCAGCUCGGUGGCCCAACUUUCUCUGUGUAUGCUCUGUUUUCUCAUCGGGGUCCGUUCAGCUUCAUUGGUCCCAGUGGCCUUCUAACCAAGGAGGCACUGCACCAAAGUGGUUUAGUACAAAGAAAGGUCUUUUAGGUGCAGGGCCUAGUGGGAUUAUGGCUGCUGAUGCUAUCAUAACGGACAGUGGUGCCAUGCAUGUAGCAGGGGUUCCGAUUGUAAAUCCCUCAACAAUUGUAGUAUGGGAGGUGACCCCUGGCCCGGGAAAUGUACUCCAGGCGACUCCAAAAAUCUCUACAGGCAGUCAUGUGCCACCAUCCCUUAGUUCUUCCGCUUGGACAGGCUUUGCUCCUUUAGCUGCAUACUUGUUCAACUGGCAAGAAUACUUGAUAUCCGAGAUAAAUAAAGGGAAGAAGCCUACGGAUCAAGAAUCCAGCGAUGCAAUAUCACUUAGCUGCUCGCCAGUUUCCAAUUUUUCUGCUUACGUAAGUCCCGAAGCUGCAGCUCAGUCUGCGGCAACCACUACAUGGGGAUCUGGAGUUACUGCUGUUGCUUUUGAUCCAACUCGUGGUGGUUCAGUAAUAGCUGUUGUUAUAGUUGAGGGACAGUACAUGUCGCCAUAUGAUCCAGAUGAAGGUCCUUCAAUUACAGGUUGGAAAGUACAGCGCUGGGAAUCAAGUGUUCAACCUGUUGUACUGCAUCAGAUAUUUGGAAACCCAACUUCAAAUUUUGGUGGACAGGUCCCCACACAAACUGUCUGGGUAUCGAGAGUGGAUUUGAGCAUACCACCUACAAACGAUUUCAAGAAUCAUCAAACAGCUGUUGCAGGGCCUAGUGUGGAUGCACAAAAGGAGCCUGAUUCUGGUGAUGACAAGGCUAACAAGGUUGUUUUUGACCCUUUUGAUUUGCCAAGUGAUAUUCGUACACUUGCACGGAUUGUCUAUUCUGCUCAUGGUGGUGAAAUUGCGGUUGCUUUUCUUCGGGGUGGAGUUCAUAUCUUUUCGGGUCCAACUUUUUCACCCGUUGAAAACUAUCAAAUAAAUGUCGGCUCAGCUAUUGCUGCACCCGCAUUUUCUCCAACGAGCUGCUGCUCGGCUUCUGUAUGGCAUGAUGCUGCCAAGGACUGUGCUAUGUUAAAUAUCAUUCGUGUUCUUCCACCUGCCCUUCCACCUAACCAAUCAAAGGUUGAUCAAUCAAUGUGGGAGCGGGCGAUUGCUGAGAGAUUCUGGUGGAGUCUUUUGGUCGGAGUUGAUUGGUGGGAUGCAGUUGGCUGUACACAGAGUGCUGCAGAGGAUGGCAUUGUUUCGCUGACCAGCGUGAUUGCUGUCAUGGAUGCUGAUUUUCACUCCCUUCCUUCAACACAACACAGGCAACAAUAUGGUCCUAAUCUAGACAGGAUCAAAUGUCGGCUACUUGAAGGAACCAAUGCUCAGGAGGUUCGUGCCAUGGUCUUAGAUAUGCAAGCAAGAUUGUUGUUGGACAUGCUUGGAAAAGGAAUUGAAUCAGCUCUUGUUAACCCUUCAGCGUUGGUUAUUGAGCCAUGGCGAACAGAUGGUGAGACCAUAUUAAGCACCGAUCCUGAGGCAUUGGCUGUCGAUCCUGCUCUUGUUUCCAGUAUUCAGGCUUAUGUGGAUGCUGUUCUUGACCUGGCUUCUCAUUUUAUCACACGUUUAAGACGCUAUGCGAGUUUUUGUCGGACACUUGCAAGCCAUGCUGCUUCCACUGGAACUGGCAGUAAUCGCAACAUGGUUGCCAGUCCCACACAAAAUGCUUCGUCUCCUGCAACAACCCAGGCUGUUCCUGACAAGUCAGUGAAUCACGGACCAGGGCAACCUACUGCUACUACUAGUACUACAAACCCCAGCGGAAGCACACAAAUGCAAGCUUGGAUGCAAGGUGCCAUAGCGAAGUUUAGUAGCUCAAAUGAUGGAGUAUCAAACUCUACUGCAAGCCCAGUCAGUGGUUCAGCUACCUUCAUGCCAAUAAGCAUCAAUACAGGAACAUUUCCUGGAACACCAGCUGUUCGGCUCAUUGGGGACUGUCAUUUCCUUCACCGGUUAUGCCAGCUGUUGCUAUUCUGUUACUUCCAGAGGUUACAGGCUUCGCGAAAUCACCAGAAAAACGCUGAUGCCAGUUCACAAAAGCUUCAAACGGGGGCUACCAGCAAGUCGGAAGAGGUCAACUCUGCUAAACCAAACCCUGCCUUGAACAGGAUGGAGGAAGCCCAGGGAUUCCGGACUUCUCAGUUGGGUGCUGGAGUGAAAGGGAUUGAUGAUAAUUCUGCCCGUACAACAAAGAUGGGAUCUGGGAAUGCUGGUCAAGGCUAUACUUUUGAGGAGGUGAGAGUUCUUUUCCAUAUACUAAUGGAUCUCUGCAAGAGAACAGCUGCGCUUCCGCAUCCCUUGCCUGGCUCUCAGGUAGGUAGUGGAAACAUCCAAGUUCGACUGCACUAUAUUGAUGGAAACUACACUGUGUUGCCUGAGGUGGUAGAAGCAGCUCUUGGACCACAUAUGCAGAACAUGCCUCGUCCAAGAGGAGCUGAUGCUGCUGGGCUUCUACUACGGGAGUUGGAGCUUCAUCCCCCAUCCGAAGAAUGGCAUAGAAGAAAUUUAUUCGGUGGUCCCGGGACAGAUCCUGAGGAUGCGGUCCCGUCAGAUGAUACUUUUUUCACGCAGGGUCAUUCCCUAGAUGUGUACGACAGAGUCCAAAGUCUUUGGCCAAGAAAACGCAGAAUGUCUGAAAGAGAUGCGGCUUUUGGUUUAAAUACUUCUGUGGGUUUGGGUGCUUAUCUUGGGAUCAUGGGUUCUCGUAGGGAUGUUGUCACCGCGACGUGGAAAACUGGUCUUGAAGGAGUUUGGUACAAGUGCAUAAGAUGCUUAAGGCAGACAUCUGCAUUUGCUUCACCAGGUGCUUCUAAGCAGCCAAAUCCGAAUGAACGUGAGGCGUGGUGGACCAGCCGUUGGGUUUAUUGCUGCCCCAUGUGUGGUGGAACGUGGGUCCGUGUUGUAUAGAAGAUCUACUAUGCCUGGUUUGUCAAAUUACCAGUUAAUUUGAAGAUAGUGCAAAAACCAAACCAGUGGGAUUAAUUAAGAGGUAUAAGGUUAGCUUACACACUCAAAAGAUAUUCACCAUACUUGCGAUAAUUUAAGUUUUGUUACUUGACAAAAUUGCGUGGGAUAAGAAGCGAAAGGGUAUCUGCAAGGGUCUUGAUGUGUAGUGACUUGUUAGACUUGGUAAAAGCCCGUAUGGUUUUAUAGGUUUGCUUCUUGUGGACUGUUUAAACUCUUCAGGCUAUGAUAGCGCCUGUAGAGAGCAGCAUGGUGAUGGUGUAAUAUAUAGAGUCCAUGAUGUAGUAGAAUACUAGAAUCCAUGAUAAAACUUUAUGUAUUCGUUGACUUUCGAUUCGUCAUGAAACCAGUAGAUGAAGAAAGACUAAAUGUUUUAUACUU